CAGUCAGUAAAACUAAAAUAUUAUGAGUGCACUGAACACAGCCAUAUAAACAAACGAGUUUUUUAUUUAUAUCAAAAAGUGUUUUAUUUAUUUUCAAUACAAUGUCGGCAUAUGAUAAUGUUAGAGUUGGAAAAUUGGUGUUAAAGGGUGAAAAGCCGAAAAAGUCAAAGAAACACAAACGUGACAAGGAGCACAAAGACAAGGACAAGGCCAAAAAACGCAAAACUGAGGUAGAUGAGGAUGCACUACGGCAUGGCGGCUGGUGGUUGGCAAAAAGUACACCAGAAAUCACUGGCGCAGUGGCAAUAGAGUUUGGCGAACGUGCUUACUUAAAAGCGCUGGAUAAUGGACUAUUUACGCUAGGUUCGCCGCACAAUGAAGGCGAAGGUCCGGACCCAGAAGAAGUCUUUACAGCAUUUUCCAUAAACGAGACAAAGAUAUCAAUUAAGUCUGGUUAUGGCAAGUAUUUGAAAAUAGAAAAAGACGGUAUGGUUACGGGACGUUCAGAAGCGGUUGGCAGUAUGGAACAGUGGGAGCCAAUAUUUCAAGAUGGUAAAAUGGCUUUGUUAUCUGAAACCGGCUUUUUUAUGUCAAUCGAUCCAGAAGAUGAUGCAUGCGUAGCGUUACGCAGAAAAGUGACCGAACAUGAAAUUUGUAAUAUACGUUGUAAUGCACAACGUGAAGCAGAGGAGGACGAGGAACCUAAAGAAGAAAAGGGCGACCUAACAGAAGUGGAGAAAAAUUAUGUCAAAAAGUUUCAGAAGUUCCAGGACAAAAAGUUGCGCAUCAAUAAGAAUGACAUCAAAGAACUCGAAGUGGCAAAAGAGCAUGGCACUUUACAUGAAGCUUUAUUAGAUCGCCGUAGUAAAAUGAAGGCGGAUCGAUAUUGUAAAUAAAUAUUUAGAGCAAUUAUGAAAACUUCUUAGUUGAGUGGUAUUAUAAAAUUGAUGUAUAGCUCACAAGGGUUAUUUAAGUUGUGAAAUAAAUUAAAAUGACGAAAAGUA